CCAGCUGAAGGGGAUUGUGGUGCGUAAGCAGGAUUAACUCUCUCGCCCCCAGCUGCGCGGAUCUGCCCCAGGCCUGCGGGCCGGAGCGAACCCAUCAGGGCGCGGAGGGCGCAGCACCGGGGCGGGGGAUGGGGAAGCUCGGGGCCUCGGAGCUGUCUCCCGGGCGCGCUUCCUUGCGGAGUGGGGCGGAAGGCCACGGCCUCCGGAGCUGGUCCUCAAAAGCCAGGGCGAACGGCCGCAACGGCGCGGGCUCCUAGCUGCAGCCUCCCCUCCGCCACCUCCCUCUCCCGCCCCGAGCUUCCUCUCCGCCCACCGCGCUCCAGCCGCUCGGUCGCAGCCCGCGCAGUCCUCCGCCCGGCGGAGCCGCCGCGCUCGCUCCGCGCCCAGCCAUGGGGGACCUGCCGGGUCUCGUGCGCCUCUCCAUCGCCCUGCGCAUCCAGCCCAACGACGGCCCGGUCUUCUUCAAGGUGGACGGCCAGCGCUUCGGCCAGAACCGCACCAUCAAGCUGCUCACCGGCUCCUCCUACAAGGUGGAGGUGAAGAUUAAGCCCACCACGCUGCAGGUCGAGAACAUUUCCAUUGGUGGUGUGGUUGUCCCACUGGAGCUGAAGUCUAAAGAGCCUGAUGGGGACAGAAUUGUUUAUACGGGCACAUAUGACACAGAAGGUGUGGCCCCAACCAAGAGUGGAGAACGGCAACCCAUCCAGAUCACAAUGCCGUUCACUGACAUUGGGACCUUCGAGACAGUAUGGCAAGUCAAGUUCUACAAUUACCACAAGCGAGAUCACUGUCAAUGGGGAAGCCCGUUCUCCGUCAUUGAGUAUGAAUGCAAACCCAAUGAGACACGCAGCCUCAUGUGGGUGAACAAGGAGUCCUUCCUCUGAAGAUGGCUCUUUCUGAUGUUGCUGGACAAUCUCUUCAAAAAUCAACUUUCAGAUAACCCAGCGCAAGCCUUCACCAAGGCACACAACACCGUUGAUGUUUCCCACCGGGUGCCGUUGACCUACUGGCCCCGAUUAUUUUGAAAGUGUAAUUCCCUUCUGAUGCCAUGUCCCUGACAUAAAAAAUUGCGAUGUAUCACCCCCGAGAAGAUCCCUUGCUGUGUUCUGUGUGUUGGUGUUCCUGCAUCCAGUUGUUCCUGGUCAUGCCGUUGACUGCUUGUGAGGAGCUCAGUGGAACUGGCAGACAUAUCCCAUUUUUAGCCAUUCCACUGAAUGACUGUGGUGUUUUGUUUCCACAUUGAGGGAUUCCCCCAUUUUUUUGUUGUUGUUAAAUGCUAAAUAAAAAAAUAACAACGUGUGUGGGUUCUCUCCGCAGUAUAAUAUGGUAACAUGUAACUUGCAGUGUUAUCCAGCUCUCAAGGCAGGCUUGGUGAAAAUGUAAGACACACAGCAAUGAGUGGGACUCAGAUGUUGUGCUUCAUAUAAACAGCUCAGCUUCUUCAGGGAACAAUAAUGACAAAAUAAAAGGGCAAGUAUUUAAGAAGUAUAUGUAACACAUUAAAACUCUUCCAGGUAACUUAAGGGACUAUGUUGUGGCCUAGUAGAAAUGGGAAAAGGCAUGGUUGGGGUCCACUGUUAAACAAGGUGACAGAAGUUUAGGGUUACCUUUUUGGCAAGCUGCCGUAGUGUUCAAACAUGCAUAUGAUGGCAUCCCAAAUUCCCCUUCACUUGAACUUUGUAAAACUGUGUAUGGAACUGUAAUGAACUUUUGAUAUUUCUUAAUAAAGGUAUUGAAAAUCA